AUGAGAUUUCCUCUGACCAUAUCUUUUUUUGCACUGGUGGUCGCUGCCAUGCACUGCUUUGCGUCUGCAAUGUCGGCAUCCGACCGCCAAACUUGGAAUGUGACUAAGAAGGCCUACAGGAAAGGCGAGUUGCUUUCGUACCGAACAAGUCUGUACAGCUUUGCCGACGUCCCUAAUCUGCAACAUCACGCCUGGGUACAUGCUUUGGCUACUGGAGUCAUCCCGAUUGCCAAGCACGGACUAGCUCCUGCGGCCGCGACUGAGCCUGCAAGAUUGCCGUCUUCUUAUUUCUCGAGCGUCAUCAAGCCAGGACAUCAACUUCACAACCAGAUGGCGCUGCACCAAGACAUGGACGCUUAUGCCUUUUGGAAGAAAGAGGGUAGCCAAUCUCAUUUAGUACAGAUCGACAAACAAAAAUGGUCCUUGCAACCUCUGCGUGAGGUGCUUCAUCUUUCUUGA